AUGGUUGUGUAUGUCGACCUUGCGACCAACCACCGAGGGGUCAUCAUUCUCGCUGUCUUGUGGCCGAUGAUUACGCUGUCCGGUGUCUUCCUCGGUCUUCGGCUUUACAGCAAGCUUACACGCAGUCGACGAUUGUGGUGGGAUGACUACUGCAUCAUUGCGGCAUGGAUCCUUCUCCUCGUCAGCUGCUCGGCCACAACAGCAAACACUCGUCUCGGAUUCGGUCUGCAUUUCUUCGAGGUACCGUUGGAAAACCUCAUUACGUUUGGAAUACAGAGCACGGUCUCCGGUUUCACCUCCAUCAUUGCCGUGGCCUGCAGCAAGACGUCGUUCGCCAUCACCCUGCUGAGACUGGCCGACGGUUGGAUCAGAUGGUUCAUCAUCGGGCUCCUCGUCCUGCUCAACGUCACGCAUUAUAUCAGCGCUGUCUUCUUUUGGGUAUCGUGCAACCCGCCCGCCAAGACGUGGGACGUGAUGCUCCCAGGAGAUUGCUGGCCUGCGUCUGUGACGGUUAACUACAGCUUGUUUGUCGGAGCCUGCUCUGCGUUCUGCGACUUUGCUCUCGCAUUGCUGCCGUGGCGUCUCCUGCUGAGGUUCAACAUGCAUAACAAGGAAAAGAUUGGCGUGGCCGUCGCCAUGAGCAUGGGUGUUUUUGCCGGCAUUAUUUGUAUCGUAAAAAUGACCUUCAUCCACGUUCUUUACGACAGCGACUUUAGCUAUAACUCCCUCCAGCUUGUCAUAUGGGGCUUCAUUGAACCCGCCCUGACCAUCAUGGCAGCCUCAAUUCCCAUGAUGCGCCACCUCUUCAAGUCUCUCCGCCGAGAGAGCGACCUGCGCGACACCAGCACCACAACGGCUACCGCAAUGAGCCUGAGCAACAACAAUGACAACCGGCAGAAUCGCUUCGCCCCCACCCGCUCAACCCGAAAUGCCAGCAGUCGUAGUAGCAACAAUCCCAGCCACCACAGCACCCGUGUCAACCGGCAGGAGCCGGAGCAGCAGCAGCAGGUGGAGAGGGAGAAAAUGCCGUCGCCUGAGCCGAGGGACGGGGCUGGUAAUCGUAGGAAUGGCAUAAUGCUUUCUCAGCCAGGCGCAAUGUCGGGCCAUCGUUAA